GAAAAAACCCUCUCCAAGCUGAUGGUCUCUCCAGGAUUACCCUAUCAGGUGCAAACCGCUGACAUGUUUCCACCCACCAACAACAAAAAAGCCUCUCUGUGCCCAAAUCUCAAGCCGCAGACGCACAAACACCACUGACAGGCACUGCUGCGCCAUCAUCAGCCCCCAAACCUCUCCAGGGAUCCGCUGCUGCUGCCGCUGCGAUUUCCACACCACUUCUUUGAGAAAAAAACACAACUUUUUGUAUGCUUGGAUAAGUUUGUUUGUCCACUUUUAGCGACUUUUUUUUGUGUGUGUGUAUGUGUGUGUGGAAGGGCGUUAUAAUAUCCACCGCUUUUCCUUUUUCCAUCGCAGCACUUGGUAGAAUAAAAUGACCCAUGCAAGGUGUAGAAAUCCCCCGCAGGUACGGACGGAGUUGAGGAGUCUGUGAUCUCUGGAGCAGCAGGAUUGGAUUUUGGGGCAACUUGGCUAUAGGUGCGCAAAACUCGAAGGAUAUUUUUUUGAGCGAGGGGAUUUUUUUUUUUUUUUAGAGAGGUCGAGUACUGAAUCCUUUCCACGCUUGGCACCGAUUUACGGAGACGUUGCGGUAUUUCGGGGAGCGGAGGAGACUGAGCUGAGACACACACACAAAAAAAACAAAAAAAAACAAAAAAAACCUUCUGGAUAAUUCCCCCCAACAAGGAAGCACCUAAUGUUGCACUCCGUGACUCUGCUGCUCUCCAGUGAUCUAUCCUUACACUGGGAUUCAAUCUCCUACUUACCCCCGGAGUUGUGUGCGUAAAGGACGCGCAGGGGAGCGAAAGCGAGAGAGAGGGGGGCGAUUUCGCCAACCUUUCCUGGGGCUCUAAAUCUGUGGAAGCAGGUGUAUUUCAGGUGUAUUUCUGCAAGCCAAGAUGUCGCUGCUGCCUUCGAGGUUCAUAUACCUGUGUUUACAUUUUCUGGUACUCUAUUUCCAGCUACAGGAAUCCCAGCAGAGUUCUGCUGAUUUCAGGUUUUACAUCGAGAACCACACGAGGAACCCAGACGACCUGAGCCGGAAGCAAGUCCGGAUCUACCAGCUGUACAGCAGAACCACAGGGAAACAUGUCCAGAUCUUGGGGAAAAAAAUCAACGCCAACGGAGAUGAUGGGGGCAAGUAUGCUCUUCUUGUCGUCGAGACAGAAACUUUCGGGAGCCACAUUCGAAUAAAAGGAAAAGAGAGCGACCAUUAUAUUUGCAUGAACGACAAGGGCAAAAUAGUCGGAAGGCCCGAUGGAAGGAAGCAGGAGUGCGUUUUUGUCGAGGAAUUCCUGGAGAACAACUACACAGCUCUAGUGUCGGCUAAGUACAAAGGAUGGUACCUCGGCUUCAACCGAAAGGGGCGGCCCAAGAAAGGCUCGCGGACCACGCAGAGGCAACAGGAAGUCCAUUUCAUGAAGCGCCACCCGAAGGGCAAGGUGGACCCACUGGAGGAGUUUCGAUUCACCACAGUGACUAAGCGGACACGAAGGGCUCGCCGAUUAAAACCCAACCCCAAGAGGAACUGAUGGGACCAAUGGGACAGCACUAAUUUUC